AUGGAGAUUCAGUGCCCUUCCUUCCAAGUCCUGUUAGCCUUCUUGCUCUUUAUGAUCAUGGUACUGAAAAUAGGGAAGAUCAGAGGCAAAACCAAGUACUCAGCCUCAAAUCUACCGCCAGGGACAUGGAAGCUACCCGUUAUAGGAAACCUGCACCAGCUCGCCGGCUCUCUACCACAUCAAAGACUAAGAGACUUGGCCAAGAAAUACGGACCGCUUAUGCACCUAAAGCUUGGAGAAGUUUCCACCGUAGUAGUUUCUUCAGCAGAGCUUGCCAAAAAGGUGAUGAAAACCCAUGAUGUUAUCUUUGCAUCCAGGCCCAAUGUCCUUGCCCCAAGGAUCUUGUCUUACGAUUUUACAAGCAUUGUCUUUCCACCAUAUGGUGAAUACUGGAGACAAUUACGAAAAAUUUGCACUCUAGAGCUUUUAAGUGCAAAACGUGUUCGAUCUUACCGACCUAUUAGGGAAGAAGAGGUACGGUAUCUCAUUAAAUUGAUUGCCUCAAGAGCAGGAUCACCUAUCAAUCUUACACAGGAAAUUUACUCAUCGACAUUUACCAUCACUUCGCGAGCAGCCUUUGGUAAAAAGAACAGGGAUCAAGGAAAAUUCAUAUACAUUGUGAAGGAAGUUGCAAAGGCAGCAUCUGGCUUCGCUCUUGCAGAUGUUUUUCCUUCUGUCAGUUUGCUUCAUCUCUUAAGUGGAAUGAGGCAUAAAAUUGAGAGGCUGCAUAAAGAAGCUGACAGGAUAAUGGGAAACAUCAUCAAAGAACAUCAAAGGGAUAUGGUCACUACAAAAAGCGGCGAGGGUGAAGCAGAGGAAGACCUGGUAGAUGUUCUCCUUAAAUUUCAUGAGCAUGGAAAUGAGCUUGAGUUUUCCCUAACUACUGAGAACAUCAAAGCAGUUAUCUUUGGAUCUUGGGUCUCUGAUGCAGUUCAACUAGAAUUUGCAGAGAAUUGGGAUUGGAAUAACAAGAUACAAGCUAAAAGAGAAGCUUUGACAGCUAACUCAAUGCCCAACAAACGUAGAGUUCCCAAGUUAUUGAAUAUACUCAUCUUGAAACCUGAUAGGUUUCCUAGCAUCUGUCUUGGGCUUAUUCCUUGCUAUGGUAGAAUCAUUAAGUGGUUGGGCAUUGGAAGUAGUUUCCCAAGCUGUCUCCACACAUGGCCCUCCAUCAGUCUCAGCAUACUGGAUAUUUUUGCUGCUGGGAGUGAAACAUCAUCUACAGCUGUAGAUUGGGCAAUAGCAGAAAUGAUAAAAAAUCCAAGAGUAAUGAACAUGGCACAGAAUGAGGUGAGGGAAGUGUUUAAUAGAAAAGGACAGGUAGAUGAAACAUGCAUUAGAGAGAUGAAAUAUUUAAACUUAGUUAUAAAGGAGACACUGAGGUUACACCCCCCGGGUCCCCUGUUAGUUCCAAGAGAAUGCGGAGAGAAAUGUGAGAUUGAUGGAUAUGAAAUACCUGUGAAAUCCAGGGUAAUUGUGAAUGCAUGGGCAAUUGGUAGAGAUCCCAAUUACUGGAAUGAGCCUGAGAGCUUUAAUCCCGAUAGGUUCCUCGAUAGCUCGAUUGACUACAAGGGAACAAACUUUGAAUAUAUCCCAUUUGGUGCUGGAAGGAGAAUGUGCCCUGGCGUGUCAUUUGGUCUGGCCAACGUUGAGCUCCCACUUGCAUUGUUGUUAUACCAUUUUGAUUGGAAACUCCCCAAUGGGAUGAAGCAUGAGGACCUGGACAUGACCGAGGCCUUUGGCGCUGCAGUCAAAAGAAAAGACGAUCUGCACUUGAUUCCCAUUCCUUAUCAUCCUCCGCCUAAUUCCAUGAAAGGGAAGAUCAGAGGCAAAACCAAGUACUCAGCCUCAAAUCUACCGCCAGGGCCAUGGAAGCUACCCGUUAUAGGAAACCUGCACCAGCUCGCUGGCUCUGUUCCACAUCAUAGACUAAGAGACUUGGCCAAGAAAUACGGACCGCUUAUGCACCUAAAGCUUGGAGAAGUUUCUGUCGUAGUAGUUUCAUCAGCAGAGUUUGCCAAAGAGGUGAUGAAAACCCAUGAUCUUAUCUUUGCAUCAAGGCCCCCUAUUCUUGCUGCAAAGAUCUUGUCUUACGACUCUACAAACAUUGGCUUUGCACCAUAUGGCGAAUACUGGAGACAACUACGAAAAAUUUGCACUCUAGAGCUUUUAAGUGCAAAACGUGUUCGAUCUUUCCGACCUAUUAGAGAAGAAGAGGUAGUGAAUCUCAUUCAAUGGAUUGCCUCAAGAGCAGGAUCACCUAUCAAUCUUACUCAGGAAAUUUACUCAUCGACAUUUACCAUCACUUCGCUUGCAGCCUUUGGUAAAAAGAACAGGGAUCAAGAAAAAUUCAUAUACAUUGUGAAGGAAUUUGUAAAGGCAUUAUCUGGCUUCGCUCUUGCAGAUGUUUUUCCUUCUGUCAGUUUGCUUCAUCUCUUAAGUGGAAUGAGGCCUAAACUUGAGAGGCUGCAUAAAGAAGCUGACAGGAUAUUGGGAAACAUCAUCAAAGAACAUCAAAGGAAUAUGGUCACUACAAAAAGUGGCGAGGGUGAAGCAGAGGAAGACCUGGUAGAUGUUCUCCUUAAAUUUCAUGAUCAUGGAAAUGAGCUUGAGUUUUCCCUAACUACUGAGAACAUCAAAGCAGUUGUCUUUGGAUCUUGGGUCUCUGAUGCAGUUCAACAAGAAUUUGCAGAGAAUUGGGAUUGGAAUAACAAGAUACAAGCUAAAAGAGAAGCUUUGACAGCUAACUCAAUGGAUAUUUUUGCUGCUGGGAGUGAGACAUCAUCUACAGCUGUAGAUUGGGCAAUAGCAGAAAUGAUAAAAAAUCCAAGAGUAAUGAACAUGGCACAGAAUGAGGAGACACUGAGGUUACACCCUCCGGGUCCCCUGUUAGUUCCAAGAGAAUGCAGAGAGAAAUGUGAGAUUGAUGGAUAUGAAAUACCUGUGAAAUCCAAGGUAAUUGUGAAUGCAUGGGCAAUUGGUAGAGAUCCCAAUUACUGGAAUGAGCCUGAGAGCUUUAAUCCCGAUAGGUUCCUCGAUAGCUCGAUUGACUACAAGGGAACAAACUUUGAAUAUAUCCCAUUUGGUGCUGGAAGGAGAAUGUGCCCUGGCGUGUCAUUUGGUCUGGCCAACGUUGAGCUCCCACUUGCAUUGUUGUUAUACCAUUUUGAUUGGAAACUCCCCAGUGGGAUGAAGCAUGAGGACCUGGACAUGACUGAGGCCUUUGGCGCUGCAGUCAAAAGAAAAGACGAUCUGCACUUGAUUCCUAUUCCUUAUCAUCCUCCGCCUACUGAAAAAUCCCAAGUUUAA